UUCAUUUUAUUCAUCUGCAAUUCCUUAUUUGACUGUGCCGAACCAACUUUGUUGCCUGGGUGUCCAUAGUCUGUGGCGACAAGUUUGAGCGUGCAUGCUGCAUCUCCAUCAGUGCGCUGAACAUGUCAAAGAAUUUAUUUGUACCAAACCCCAUUGGAGGCAUCCGGGUUUUUUUUUUAUAACGGUGUAGAAAAACGGUCAUGUUGAAGGGAAGGAUUUCCUUUAAACGACUACAGUCUGAAGUUGAGACCUGUACGCGUACGUGUACAUUUCAGGAAAACUCCAUGUUUAAGGUUGGAGCUACAAAAUAAAUCGUUGUCAUGGUUAUGCAUGAUUUUUAGGGGUGUUAAUUUGAGGAGAUCGUGGCGCAGUUUGUGCAUUAUAUUAAGCGUGUUCGCAUGCAGGAUCCACAACAGGAUUCACAGCCCCAAAUGGGAAUCAUUUUCCAGAAUCUCCAUGAAACAAUGGGCUGGUGAACACAUUGAAAAUAGGACGAGUGCUUCAAUAAUCCUUGUAGAUAAUAGAAACGCUGGAUAGCUUUAAAUUAAACUGUUCCUCAUGAUAAACACCGCCUCCCUUUUAAUAAAUGGAAUAGGCGAACGGGCCGACGUACAAUGUACGCACAGCCAGUUGUUCAGGGUUCAUUAUGAAUGUUAUGCUGGUGUGCCCAGUGAAUACCCGGUUCACCCGGCCGGGUCGCCCUCAUGGCCCACGCGCUGCAUGCCGCAUUAGCGAUAAAAAAAAUUCAUUCCCUUGCCAAGUUCACUGACACGGCUCACCCCACGUACAGCCGAAGCGCUGCUGCAGAUGAAAACCUCGGUGCAGCGGCCAUUACGUGCACAGUGCCAGCCAGAGUUUUAUAGGACGACACGCACUGUUUCAGCUUUCUGAAAACAUGGCUGACGAGGCUAAAGUUUCAUCUGGCGAGUCCAGUUCAUCCAGUGACGGGAGUGAAUUUUGGCCAAGUUCAGACGAGGGCUCUCCGUGUCCUUCACCUGCCCAAGUAAACUUGAGUACAGAUUUAUGUUGGCCUAUAGACAGUGAUGUACCCUUGGCGAUAUACGCCAAGCGAAAGAGGGAUUCCCCGGCUACGCAGACCGCUGCAUCGACAAGCACCAGUGCCGCAUCGUUCCAGUGGAAGGAUGAGGACAGCGCACCGAUGAGGUACGGCUUUACCGGUAAUGGUGGUGCCGUCGACCCCUGUCUACAUCGCAGCUCCACCUGCAGUGAGUCGUUUGGGGCGUUUUUUGAUGACGAACUGUAUGACAAGAUCACCCAAGAAACCAACCGAUUUGCCUCACAGAGACCCGUCACGACAUCGGCACACAUGAGGUCAUGGACUGAUGUGAAUACCCGAGAACUGCGGGCCUUUCUGGGCCUUUGCAUCAUGAUGGGUAUCACAAAACACCCCACUAUUCACAGCUACUGGUCGACCGAUCCACUGCUGAAAAUGAGCCUAUUCCCGUCCAUCAUGCCCCGAGACCGCUUCCUUGCCAUUCUGCAGGCCCUGCAUUUUAACGACAACAGUGCCAUGCCGGAGGACUGCCCUGACCGCCUGUUCAAGUUACGUCCUGUCAUCGACUAUCUCCUUGAGAAGUUCUCCAAUGUGUACACUCCACAGCGGGACAUUUCUGUCGACGACUCCUUGUUAAAGUUCUACGGGUGUCUUCGCUUUACUACCUACAACCCAAGAAAGAGGGCCCGCUUUGGUAUUAAGCUGUACAAGUUGUGCCAGAGUACCGGGGAUGCCGCCGGGUACUGCUACAACUUCAAGAUAUACACCGGCCAAAGUAAGGGAGACCUUCCAGCAAAUACACAAGUGGUAAUGGACCUUGUGGUCAAUCUAAACGGUAAGGGAUACAACCUUGCCCUCGACCGGGCCUUCAGCAGUCCAGAUUUGUACCGCCGACUUCACUUUAAGAAGUUCAACGUCGUCGGUACUGUCAUGCCCCACAGAAAGGGCAUGCCCGAAGACCUCAAGUCCGUCGAACUACGGCGUGGCGGAACAGCGUACCAGACGGCUGACCUGGGUGUGAAUGGUUCGCUCCUAGCAAUGGUGUGGAAAGACAAACGGAACGUCCGCAUGCUUUCCACCAUGCAUAGAGCAGAUAUCCGUGGCACCGGUAAGCGAGACAGGACAGGGGCAGAAAAGAAGAAACCAGCUUGCGUCCUCGAGUACAACGCCCUGAUGGGGGGCGUUGACAUCAGUGACCAGCUAGCGGCAAAUCACAGAGCAACUCGCAAGUCCAUGAAGUGGUACAAGAAGCUGUUCUUCUACUUGCUGGAUAUGACCCUGGUAAACAGCUACUGUAUGCACCGGGUUGUUGGUCACCGCCUUUCCUUCCUCGACUUCCGCCUGCAGCUCGUCCGUGAACUUCUCUUCGACGAGCCCUUGCCCGAGUAUCGACCCCAGCGCGAUACUCCACCAGCCACGAGCUCCCGCUUCGUUGGCCGUCACUUUCCUGUUACCUUGGAGAGGAACAGCUACGGCGACUACCACUACCGGCGAUGUGUUCUCUGCUCUUCCAAAGGGCAGCGAAAAAAGACGCACAUCGAGUGCGACUCGUGCCACCAGGCCCUCUGCAUCGUCCCCUGCUUCCGGGACUACCACACCGUACGCUAAUGGACAGUUGAAAUCGGCCUUUUCAUCGACGUUAUUUUUGUGUGUCCCCUUGAAUUGUGUCACUAAUUCUAUCUCUUGAAAAAUGCUAAGGGUAAAAGAAAAGUUUUUUACUUGUUUCAUGAGUUGCAGCUUUAACUUUUCAUCUCUUGAAAAGAAUGCAGAGAGUGAAAGUUUAUUUUACUUGUUUGAUGAGUUGCAGUAUUUCAAUGACGACGAGAAAUGAUGAGUGAAAGAAGUUCUUUGUCACCUAAAAAGCUUUAGGUAUUUUUAUUUGGUGGCUUGUGCAAGUUUAGGAUUGCAUAACAUUGCUGGUCGUAGUCGUUAAGAUCCAUUGGUCAGUCACAAAAAGGGGUUUAACUUAUUAAUGGUGCGUCGUUAGCGGGAACACUUCUUGUCCUAUGUUUUUGGGAUUGACGUCGUCUUGUGGGUCCAUUGUUUUCUUGGGCACAGAGCAUUUUCUGCUUCGGGUAUAGCCGAGAUAUUGCCGCGGCAUACAGCUGUAUGUGCCGCAGUGAUUUUCAAAGCUAUAGGCCAGUUCUGUGCAGGCCAAUUUUUGUGAUGAAUUGGAUCAAUUUUUUAUAUCAUCGUGCAGUUUGCAAAAGCUGCAUAUUAUGUAAUUUUUAUGCGGUGCGGGGCAUGCACAGGCGCCUUCCCGAUCAGCCCGUAGGCUAAGCAGUGAAGUGUCCAGACUACUGUGAUUGUAUUUCACGGUUGUUAUUAUUUGCAAUUCCCGAAUGGCAACAUUAUCAUAUCAUCUUAUUUUGAUGACGAAAUUGAGGAGUUGUAGAUGUGUUAUAUCGCCUUGUAGCUCUAGACGAAUCUAAAAGGCCGUUAUUUGUGUAGGAAACAGACUACACACGAAAUUGAAUAAAUGUUUGUAGAUUGCAAAAGUAUUGUAAUCCUUUCUAUGGACAGCUUGGAACGAACGCAUUUGAAACUUUCGACAGUUGUCUGUGCAGUGUUAACGCAGAAUUGAAUUAGGCGCUAUAAAAUGCGAAAUAAUGAUUUACAUAAAUGACCAACUGAUCAGGAGUGGGUCGAAGCAUGGAACUUCCUCCAUGGUCGAAGUCACCCGCGCUUCGUCCAGUCUUGUACUCGACUGGACGAGUCUAGGAGUUGCCCUUGUCAGGGUUUGGUGCUGUGAGCCAAGUAGCCUUUCAUCAAGGCCUUCGUGGCUGUCUGUGAGAGGAGACCGCAUACACGAGCGGCUCAGCACGAGGGCCUUUUCCAACUUGUCAGGAAUUUCUUAUGUUUUUCUUUAUGUUUUCGAUUUUUGCUACCCCGGGCCGUUAGGGUAGCAAAAAUGCCAACCAAUCAUAAGCGAGGGGAUCUGCAUACAUUAACCUAUUAUGCAAACUGAAAGUAUAAGAAAGAUGGCGAGCGUGUUAAGUGCGUCGGCGGCCGUCACGUGAGUGCAGGUCAGUUGUCUGAGCAGUAUUUUGACAGUUCUGCUGCUGGAAAACUUCACCUUGCCGAGCUUAAACUGUUGCAGUGUUUAGGCUAUUGAAGUAUAUGUACGCGGGCGUGACGUUUUCGUCUCUGCCCACGGGAUACGGUAACACUAAGAGUAAGACGGGCUAUAUUUCAACAGCUGCUGUUAACCGUUUUGCUUUGACCAUUCGGCCUUGUUGAACUGCUACUUGCUCGUGUUACUCCAACGUCAGUACCAUCCCCACCAACAAGCAUCAUAGUUGUUAUCUCACCGCUUAUUAUUGCCCUCUUGAAAAACCAGAUGGAACAUUGCGUAAGCUUAGGAGUUGAUGCCGUUUAUUUUGGAGAGUCUAUGCUUCAACUGUUUACGUGAAAUUCAUGAAUUAUGCACAUAUAAGGAAGCAUAUGAAUAACUUACCACAGUUGUCAACACCCUCAAAAUCAAGUUGGAAAAGGCCUCGUGGCUGCGCUACUCGCCUGGUCUCGUCUCCAGUAGCUUUGAAAAUAGACAAUAGCAUUAACGAGUACUUUGAUCUUUGCUGAAUCGCAAAGGCCUAGUUAUAACUAAAUGUAUCUAUCUUAAAACGUGAAUCUGCCACAUGAAUAAUUGUGUUCAUUGUUUGUAAUGAUCUUUAUUGUGAUUUUACUUGUGUAUAUCUUGGGUGUAAUAAAGAAUGGGUAAAGUGUUCGUGUAUUUUUUUAAGUGAGCAAAAAAUGGAUUUUUACUUUAAGGUGUAUUUGUAAACAAUGAUAAUAAAUCAAAUCUAUCAAUUUGCCUGGAUUGGGGCUGUUUCAUUAUGUGGGAACACUUGUUAAGGACAGGUUUAGACUUUUUCAGCUCCAUUUUGUCAGUCUCAGUUAAAUUUAUGCAGAGUUCAAUUGCAACAUUUCAUUUUCCAAUAUUUCUUUUAUACUAGAAUUGCGAGUUGAAUCUUCUCCCCUUGGCAGGCAGAAAGGUGAGAAAAACUUUAUUGAUAUGCCUUCAUUGGCACUAAUGUGAGCUUAUAAAUAUACAACUGGGUGCUUGUGUCAUGCAGGGAUUUUAUUUCAGAAUAAGAAUGCUUACAGUUUUAACAUUUUCAUGCGGCCAUUUCUGUGGUGAAUGCUGGGUAUUUUGAGAAUAUACACAUUACUUCUAUACUUGGCCCCACAAGGCGGUCAGACUUAAGCAGUACUUUUAUGUUAUUCAGAGUCUACUAAAUUGAAGCAUAUCUGAUGCCUUUUGCUAAGAAGGACAAGUUGAACAUGCUUGUUUGGUGUACUGAAAUGUAACUUUUGAGUUAUUUCCAGCAAUAAUAGCCAUGACACUUGUACAUAAUGCCGUAACCUUUGGGGAUUAAGAAUCCCCCUUACAUCCCCCUCCCAUGUAAUAAGAUGGAUCUUGGUAGCCUGUAACACCUGAAGUCAAGCUGUAAUGCCACGGAUCCGUCCAAAUGCGCUGUUUUGGAAUAUAAACUCACAUCUGUACUUGUCGGGAGUAUUGAACUACUUCUAACAUGGAAAUGAAUUAACCACUUGACGCCGGAUGACAUGUAAACGCAAUUUUCUUAUUUGUUCCACGGAGGACAUGUACACUCGUUUACGAAUUCUUUUGCCAUAUCCGCUGUUGACCUAUUAAAGCAUUGUUAGGUCAAAGCACAAUUGCAAAGUUGAAGGAGUUGUGGGUGAAAAACCUGCCCCUGCAGCAGCUUCGGGCAAGAAAAUCCGACGUAGAAUGUAAUAAAAGAGUGCGGUAAUUAAGUUGUAAAUAAUCUACUACAAAUUCAAGGGGAACAUCGUACAAAUCUUUUUUCCUAUUAUCCAUUAUUGGUCAAUAUGAAAAGUUGAUACGCUAGCAGUUACAGGCUUGUUAUCCAUCGACAGUUGAUAUGUUAUUGGUUUGAAGUUGUACAGCAUUAUGGUGCAUUUGUGAUGGUAUGAUCGGAUGUAACAGGUGGACACUAAAUAAUCACACCUGGUCUGCUUUUUUUCCCAUCGUAAACCAAAUCACCCAUCAGAUCGGCAAGGAAAGGCUAAAGAAAUAUCGGAUGUCAUUCUUUUCCUUGUCAUUUGUGUGGGAAAUGCAUUGCCUCAUAAGAAAGAGGUUCAAUUGGAAGGGUGGAAGUAAAUUUCAUUUACCCGAACACCUUUAUUAAUGUAUUUUGUAUUAAUCUUCUAAUGGAUAUUUAAAUCAAAGUUAACAAUUAGGAUAUCUACAAAUGAUUUAUUUCAUCAUUUUAUAUUACUUCUCACAUUUUGAAACAUUAAAACAUGCUUAUUUCUUACAUAUAUGUAUACUAGUACUCGUUGAUAGGCAAGACAGCACCGAUUGCUUGUUGACCUACGGAGGUAUGUCAAGCGAAACAUCUACACAGCAGAAUGUCCGUAUAAAUUCAACGUUAAUUUCUAUAGCACUAUACGAGUACAUUGCACAGAGUAACCUCAAAUAUGGCGUCUACCUCGUGAACAUUUUCAAAUAUUGUUUAAAUAAAAAUUAACUAUCAAACAUUAAUGGCAAAAUAGCAUACACAAAUAAAAAACUCGGAGGAAGUUAACUUCUGAAAUCUGUACCACGGUACUAUUUAUGUAUUUGUCUUAUGGCAGAUGAUACAAUUAGCCCCGAAUGCGACCAAGAGAGGGCGCAAUUUUCCUAACGAGAUGCUACUAUGGGAACUAGACUUCACAAGUUCAUGAACGACUAUGCCUUGCAGCGGCUUAGCUGACAACAAAAAUGAACGAUCACUACCAAAAUUUUUAAAUGCUUUUCAACUAAUGAGAGCGCUCAAGGUGGAUAAGCAACAUCUUCGGCCAUAAAUUCAAAUAUGACUUCAGUUGGUGUCCAAAUCAAAUUGUUAAAAAAAUGAGGCUACAGGUUCCGAACAAGCCAAUGGAAAUGGCUGCCUAAUCAAGCUCUUUCCCCUAAUAUUAUGACGGUGCAGAAGAUUAAAUAUUCCUUGUGUAUUCCUUAAAUGAUAAAUAGUUUUUUAUAUUCUGUGAUACCAUUAAAUCAUAUGACUCUUACACAAGCUGUAAAUUCACCCCCAAAAUUCAACGAAAACCUACAGUUGGACAAUAAGGACUUCAAGGGAUGGAUCAAGAAAACACUACGAACAAUGCAACGACACAGUACUCCACUGCUUUUAGAUAGUCGCCUCAAAAUUGCAUCAACUUGAAUGCACAUACAUGCAGCAUUAGCUUACAGAUUAAGGUGGCAAAGAGUACAUGUAAGUACAGAAUACAUAAACACCGUUAAAUAUACUGUGUAGACUCUGCUGGACUGGUUUAAAUUGCUCAUUUGCUUUAUGAUUUUUAAACUUAGAUUUCAUUUCCUUCAGCCCUUUGAAGACUUUUUGAUAAUAAACUGAAAAAAUACAAUAUCAGUAGCAAGGCUGAACUCAAA